AUGUCUAUGAGGAUGCGUGCAAUCGAUAAGUCAGGUGUCAAGCGAAAGCUCCACUAUACCGCCGAAAAUAAAUACAGUAAUUACAAUAUCAACUGCACGCAGGUCUUUCUUUGUACUCCUGAGUCAAAGACGCCUAAAAGUAUUGCCGCGAAAGAGGUUCUGAGCCUGUCAACGGCGCGUACUUAUGGAUACAGAGAUUUUUAUCAACUUUACUUUAACAUUAGCAUAUGUCAGCUUGUUUCGAUACCAGCACCGAUAACGAUUACAAUUUACAACGAACUAGAAAUUCCUUUCGCCGAUAGAAAUUAUCAAAAUGUAAAGCUAUUCGGACUUAUACAACAGACAUUCUUUUAUGUCAUCUGCGGCGUCAUCGCUGGAAUCGCGGUUGUAGCGGGUGCACUUUAUGGUACAACGAGAUCAACGGUGAUUGAAGCGCAGGCGAUGCAAAACACUUAUGUUCAAAAGGGAAAUCGCCGGGUUAUGCACGGCAAACGAUCAUCAGAAGAACAGCGAACAGAACUUCUUGACCUCCAUCAACAUUCUACUACGCUGGAUUCAAUAGAAGAGCACCCAGAUGAAGGCACGAAUAAUGAAGGUACCUCAAGCAUGAUUUUUGAAAGCCUGCAAUAUCGACGAAAUCCGCUGCACAUGACUGAAAUGGAACGAAAACGACUGAUAGAAGCACCAAAGACACGUGACAAGGAUGAUACUGCUCUACUGACAUUUAAAAAGAGGAGGAUAUCUCCCCCUCACCACUCUGUAUGA